GCUGCAAUGGCUGCGUUAGACCAUCAUCUUCUCGUCUUCAUCCUUCUCGCCCUUGCCGCCAGCAGCAGCAUCAUCAGCGCAGCCGCUGCUGCCGCGGACAAUGACGACGUGCAGCUGCGGAAGGUAGCCAUGUCGCAGGCCGUCAAGGUGCUGUCCCGCUACAGUCCGGAGACCACCGACCAGGAGACGCUGAAGCGGGCUCUGGCGGUGGUGAACCGGGAGGCGCAGCGGUACUGGAAGCCCAUCUUCAAGAACGUCAACAAGGUGAUGGACAGCGGCGCCGACCACCGCAGCAAGGAGGCGGCGUUCGCCGUGGCCAAGGAGCUGCUCAACCGCGAGCUUGGCCAAGGCCCCAACGCCGUCAAGAUCGACUUCGAAUAUGUGUGACAUGCAUGCAUUCAUCGCCAAUUCGCCACCUCGGCAUUUCUUUUCAUUCGGUCUUAGCGUGCCUCGUCUCUGUCUGUGUUGUUGUUAGUACUCCUGCUGCUUCCUGCGGCCGCCAUCCACUUCCUUGUCGACGCCUGUUGUGAUUGUGCUUGCCUGUUCUCUUAAUCAGCGGGGUGGAUAAGAAGGUUGUUUUACUUCUGCA